AUGGUGUCCAAGCUCUCACCAGUCAAUCAGCGGAAAUGUGGGCGUGUCCUGCUGGCACUGGUCUGCCAUGAACCCUGCUGUCCCUUGCAUCAGCUGGCCACAGACUCUACCUUCUCCAUGAAGCAACCAGGAGGUACCCUGGACCUGACCCUGAUAUGUGCCCGCCUCCAGAAGAAGCUGUCACCCCUUUUCAGGCACCCUGGGGAGUUUGCCCAGGGUGUGGGCGGCGUGUUCAAGCAGUUCAACAAACUGACUGAGGGCAAGGCGGAUGUGCAGCCCAUCGCCGGCCGGCAGCGCUGCUUCGAGACACGGGCGAGUGAUGCCUUUGGUGACACCAAGUUCUCGGCUGUGCUGGUGGGGCCGCCUCCGUUGAGCCUGCCCAGUGCUGGCUUACGUUCUCAGGAGCUGUCUGGUCCUGGCGAGGGGCCCUGA